CAACGGGUCGGCAACACCAUCAUGUCGGCUCCCGCUUCAGCCGCUCCGAGGAGCUGGAGCCGCUCAGAUCAGACUCCGGGAUUUCAAUUUUUUGCGGGAAUUGAUUAUCAUAAUUUGGACAAAUUAUGCAACAUCUGUGGUCUACAGAGCAGGGAAAAUCGUUAUACAAAACCUGAGGCGCAUCUUACAUUCAUGCACCUAUAUCGAAGUAUAUUCCUUCAACCAAAACGCUUGCUACCUAAGAUUCCUGAGCUAACAAUGAGCACGUUGCACCAGAACUCAAAUACAAGGGAAUUAGUAAAUAAAGAUCAAGAUUACUUGAAUAAACUGCUGGACGAGAAAAACAUGGAGGAUGUACCAAAGCAUAUCCAGAAAAAAGUCAAAAUCCUAAUGAAGAUACUUAAAAAGCCACCUUUUCACAGAACACGCGCAGAGCACCUGAAUACUUAUAAGAUAUUGAAGAUUUUCACGGCAAUUAAUACACAGUUUACGGAUGAGGAGUUGAAAAAUCUCAGUGCACAGAUAGUGAUGGAAUCAUGGGCGAGAGGUUACACAGUGUAUGGAAAUCAGUCAUUCUACAUGAUUGUAAAAGGUUGUGCCAAGCCUUACACAAAGCUUAAUGACGCAUUUCAAUUGGUGUACCUUGAUUCUUUGUCUGAAGCAACUCAAACAAUGUUAACCUGUGGAGACAGCUUUGGUGACUUGGUACCAAUUCCAAGUCAGAAAACAAAUGAGAACAUUCUAUCAGUGGUAACAGAAGACAGAUGUGAAAUUGUCAAAAUUUCUACAGGACAAUAUGAACAUGUAAAAAGGGAUCUAAUGCAACGUGAUGUAUUGGUGAAGGAGGAGCUGAUCCAAGCCUGUCCCUUUUACCAGCAAUGGCCUAAAUUAUCUCUCCAUAAACUAGUUGCAUUAAUCAAGUGGAAGCAGUUUCCUGAAAAUUAUGUUCUAGUAAAAGAAGGUGAAAUCAGUUCUUUUGCAGGAUUUAUUAAAUCUGGCUACUGCUACAUUUUCAAAGACAUAGAAGUUCUGGUGAAACUUCCUUUGGGAAAUAUGCAAAGUGAGGUGAAACACAUCAUCAUGGGAAAGAUACAGGAGAAGGAAUCCUUUGGAGAGAUCAGUAUUAUCCUCAACAAACCCUUCACCUGUACAAUUAUCACAGCUACAAAAGUUGAACUUGGAGUUAUUUCUGCAAGUGAUUUACGAGAACUUGACCAAGUAAAUCAAAUACUCCUUCAACAAACAGCAGAACCAGUCUUGGGCAGCCUCACUCAGGAAGAGGUCAACAACAGAUAUAUUGCUUUGGAAAAAGAGAAAGAAUGGCAACAGUUUAAGCAAAAAGUAAUAAAGGAAACAAUGUUUUACAAAGGAAUACACCCUAACACUGGAAAAUGGAAACAUGAUUGGAAUAAAAAGGAACACUCAAAGCGAGACGUCUCUCAGUCAGUUGAGAAUGACUCCAGAAUACAAAGUUUGGAACAACUGGGUGGAUCUCAAUUACCUUCCUACCAUUAAGCAUCUGUAGUUAUGCUUCCAGUUCUGAUUCACUUCAACAUAAUAGACUUUUUUCUUUCUUUACAGCCAAAAACAGGGGCUUUGAAAACUGCAUAUUACUCCACCCAUUUCCCUUGGUAUGAACUGCUAAGAAAAUGGCUAAUUCAUGAAAAUAAUGCAUGGGUGCCUUCACAAUUAUCUUCCCUAUUCCACUUUUGUUUUGAUACCCUGAGCAUUAAGUAAUAAUUGUUGUUCAACUACGAAGGAUUUUUCAAUUAACCCUUUCUUCCUUAAGGUAAAAUAAACCUUGAUUGAAAAGCACAUGUUCAAGGAAAUGACAAAGCCAGACUUGUUUCAUUUCACCAAUUAACCAAUAUACAAAUUCCAAAAAUAACAUUCAGUAUUCAAAAGAGUCAAUCUGUGUGGUCUUCAUGCAGAAUCAGGUUCACAGCAUUGUCUUUAGAGUGUUGACUUUGAAAAACUGAAAAGCAUAACUUCCGUACAUGCAGUUCCAACAAAUUAAUCUCACAGCACAGUGUUAUGACAACUACAAGCAUACAAGUUACUAACAACAUACAUAAUGGCCUAUAAUGGAUUUUAUAGUUAACAGUGAAGCAAAACAUUCACCAUUAACAUCAGAAAAAUGUGUCCACAAGGUCCAGUGAUCUCUGUGGCAUGGAUUUCUCCUUUCCCAAUAGCAGUUUAAAUGUGGUUCAAAGUCAAGGGAAUCUCCAAGCAUGCACCAGCAGUGAUGUCAAUAAGCAGGGUAAACACCCACUCACUUUGAAGUAUCCUCAUGGACAGAAACCAGAAAGAAAACAGCAUUAUCUUUCACAUUUAAUUUAUAUUUUAGAUAUAAUUAUGAAAAUAAACUAUAAUUUAGUUCAGAAACUAAAAUGUUAAU